GAGCCGGAGGAGCUGCUCGUCAGUUCCGUGUUGUGCGAUGGACGGUGAGUUAUCGUGACUCAGCAGAUCGCAGCGGGAGGUCGUACCGAGCCCGAGCGGAGAGUGAGUCCAGAGAGGAUCUGAGGAGCUUGUCCCCAGCGUCUCCACUGGUCCAGAUAUCAUGAGCACCACAGCCAAUGGCAACGACAGCAAGAAGUUUCCAGGUGAGCUGGGGGGGCCGGGGGUCCCGUCCAGGGUCCUCCACAUCCGCAGGCUGCCCAGCGACAUCACGGAGGCGGAGGUCAUCAGCCUGGGUCUGCCCUUCGGAGACGUGUCCAACCUGCUGAUGCUCAAGGCCAAGAACCAGGCCUUCUUAGAGAUGUCCUCGGAGGACGCAGCUCAGAACAUGGUGGGUUAUUACUCCACCGUGAUGCCGAUCAUCAGACUCCACCCGGUCUACGUCCAGUUCUCCAACCACAAGGAGCUGAAGACGGACAACUCACCCAACCAGGAGAGGGCCCAGGCGGCUCUGCGGGCCCUCACGGUGUCUCAUGUGGACCUGGCGGUGGUGGCCCCCAGCCCGGUGCUGAGGGUGGUGGUGGAGAACCUGGUGUACCCCGUCACACUGGACGCCCUCUGCCAGAUCUUCUCUAAGUUCGGCAACGUGUUGAGGAUCAUCGUCUUCACCAAGAACAGUCAGUUCCAGGCGCUGCUGCAGUAUUCUGAUGGAGCGUCGGCCCAGGCAGCUAAACAGUCUCUGGACGGACAGAACAUCUAUAACGGCUGCUGCACUCUGAGGAUCAGCUUCUCUAAACUCACCAGCCUCAACGUCAAGUACAACAACGAGAAGAGUCGAGACUUCACCAGACCGGACCUUCCCACCGGAGACAGCCACGCCCCCCUGGAGCACCAGGCCAUGGCCACAGCCUUCACUCCAGGCAUCUUCUCAGCUGCACCUUACGCUGGAGCCACUCACACGUUCCCCCCGACCUUCACCCUCCAGCCCACAAUGUCCCACCCCUACACAGGCCUGACGCUCCCUGCUCUGCCCGGAGCACUGGGCUCUCUGUCCAUGCCGGGGGGGGCCAGGCUGGGAUUCCCCCCCAUGUCUCCUGGACACUGUGUCCUGUUGGUCAGCAACCUGAACCCUGAGAGAGUUUCGCCCCACUGCCUCUUUAUUCUCUUUGGUGUUUACGGCGACGUGAUGAGAGUAAAGAUCCUGUUCAACAAGAAGGAGAACGCUCUGGUUCAGAUGUGCGACUGCACACAGGCUCAGCUAGCUAUGAGUCACCUGAGCGGCCAGCGGCUGCACGGGAAGCCUCUGCGCAUCACGCUGUCCAAACACACCAACGUGCAGCUUCCCCGGGAAGGCCACGAGGACCAGGGCCUGACCAAAGAGUUCAGCAGCUCCCCUCUGCACCGCUUCAAGAAGCCCGGCUCCAAGAACUACUCCAACAUCUUCCCACCGUCUGCCACCCUGCACCUGUCCAACAUCCCCCCGGCUGUGGUAGAAGAGGAUCUCAAGCUGCUGUUCUCCAGCUCAGGAUCGAUGGUCAACGGCUUCAAGUUCUUCCAGAAGGACCAUAAGAUGGCUCUGAUCCAGAUGGGCUCCGUGGAGGAAGCCAUCGAGUCCCUCAUCGAGUUCCACAACCACGACCUUGGAGAGAACCACCACCUCCGAGUCUCCUUCUCCAAGUCCUCCAUCUGAGUCUCCUUCUCCAAGUCCUCCAUCUGAGUCUCCUUCUCCAAGUCCUCCAUCUGAGUCUCCUUCUCCAAGUCCUCCAUCCGAGUCUCCUUCUCCAAGUCCUCCAUCUGAGUCUCCUUCUCCAAGUCCUCCAUCUGAGUCUCCUUCUCCAAGUCCUGCAUCUGAGUCUCCUUCUCCAAGUCCUCCAUCUGAGUCUCCUUCUCCAAGUCCUCCAUCUGAGUCUCCUUCUCCAAGUCCUCCAUCUGAGUCUCCUUCUCCAAGUCCUCCAUCUGAGUCUCCUUCUCCAAGUCCUCCAUUUGAGUCUCCUUCUCCAAGUCCUCCAUCUGAGUCUCCUUCUCCAAGUCCUCCAUCUGAGUCUCCUUCUCCAAGUCCUCCAUCUGAGUCUCCUUCUCCAAGUCCUCCAUCUGAGUCUCCUUCUCCAAGUCCUCCAUCUGAGUCUCCUUCUCCAAGUCCUCCCUCUGAGUCUCUGGUCCUCCGCUCUCCAUGUUGUCCUCUACACUCCGAUCAUUCCAUCAUGUCUGAACCCACCAGGAACUCUGGUCUGAUGUUAAAUUAUUUAAGAAAGAGCUCCUGUAGGUUGUUUGCCUUAGAAGAGGAUCCGAGUUCCUGGAACACAAACCGUUCUGAGAUGAUUCUCUGAAUUCAGGGAAUGAAGUCUGUUAGUUUACGUCAGGAUUUUAAGGAAGAAACACAAUUCACAUUGUGUCUUGUUUUGUAAACCAGUUAUUUCAGCCUCUCUUGCCUUUGGACUUAAUCUCAGAAUCUGGGAUUAAAGUCAGUAUUCUAACUUAUUUCUCCAGAAAUGGGACUUGAAACCUUUAAAUCUUGACUUGGCUCAGACUUCUUUCUUCAUGAGUUGUUUCCCAGGCUCUCGUUCCUCCCCUCGACCAACACUCGUGUCUUCAUCAAACCAGGUCUGAGUUCCUCUCAGACCUGAGACCUGAGACCAGGGACCUGGUUCGGCCUCAGACCUGAGACCAGGGACCUGGUUCCCCCUCAGACCUGAGACCAGGGACCUGGUUCGGGCUCAGACCUGAGACCUGAGACCAGGGACCUGGUUCGGGCUCAGACCUGAGACCAGGGACCUGGUUCGGCCUCAGACCUGGGACCAGGGACCAGGGACCUGGUUCGGCCUCAGACCUGGAACCAGGGACCUGGUUCGGGCUCAGGCGACACCGUGCCUUAUCCCGGAGUCAGAAACAUGUCCCAGCAUGCCUCUGUGAACUGGCAGUUUACAGUUGAUAAAGGUUUACUGUUGAUGAACUGUAUUACAGAUAUAUUCAUAUGUAGGUGUAUUUUAUUGUUGGUCUUUGUGUUAGUGUUUUGUACUGCGGGUUAUUGUAGCAUCACACAUGUGAACUGACUCAUAGCGGUUGUUGGGUUUUUAGUUCUAGAGUCUAUUUUCUGUUCCUUUUGGAUUUCUUUAUUUCCAUGUAUGCAAUCACGUUUUAUUCAAAUCAGAUAUUGUAGCAAUAUUUUAAUCAUUCCUGAGCUUGUGUUGGUUUGUUUUGGGUGAGUUGUGUUUCUCUUGUGUUUCUCUCGGCUCUGCUGCCUUCACCAUGUUUCCCGUGUUCUGCUGUGAGUCGUGUUCGCUCGUCUGUUACGCUGUGAACGGUUUUAUUUAUUAGUUUGUGAUCCACUUCAGCUGAAACCAAAAAGGGUUUUCUAGAUGCAGACGAACGACCUGCCUCAGGGUUCUGGUUCUGGUUCUAAGGACUAAACAAGCAAACCGAUCUGGUUUUGAUUCUUCUCUCUGGACUCGGCCCAGUAGCUCUGGUCUCUAUUCAGACGGGCGCUGGUUCCUCUGGGUUCUGACCGAUGGACAGAGAAGACGACGGUCACUGGACUGUUUGUGUCUUCACUUUAUUACGAUGACAUUCCAGCUGCUCAGACGAUGCCAUGACGACAUGUUUCCUCAUGCUGCAUUCAGGGCACCUGGGAGAUUAUUUUGACAGUAAAAUAAAAAAUAUGUUUGUUAACGGAUGCUGUGUCGCAGGUUAGUCUCUUCAAGUCGGGACUUCCUGUUCAGGCUCCCACAGAGUUUCCCACAAUGCAUUGCACUUCAGGCAUUGACUGUUGCCUGUAAACUGACCAAUCAGAAAACAGUACAGCAGGAAACUCUGACCUCAGAUUAGACAGAUUGUGAAAUAACUUAAAUCAUCGACUCUGACGUGAAAGAACGAGACCCCAACAAAUGAAGGGUUCACUUCCAUUCAGUUACCAUGGUAACUGAGUCAGAGUUAAAGUCACCUCCGGAUCAACAAGAGUUUUCAUUCAAAACGCCCCCCCCCCCCCAGUCGUCACGUGUUCGUCCCUCAGCUCGACGGUGACGUCAGCCCCAUGUCGUUCAUUACUGUGAACAUUGAAGCUUAGUCCUUCAGUCAAAUUCUGAUGAAUGUUUCAGUGGUUUCUCCCAGGUGACUUGAACACACCACGAGCUGUCAGGUGAGGGAGUGGGCGGCGCCCCUGAACUGUACAUACAUGUUCUGUAGCACAUGUGACCGUUGGUUUUAUAUCUGAUGAAACAUCGAAGAAAAACUGAUUAAAUCACUUUUUAUCUAAAAGUU